AUGCUCAAAUCGAUUCAGACUCCAAAUCUACGUGCGCCUUUCUUGGUUCUCUCCUUUCAUCACCCUUAUUUCCUCCCAUGCAGCCCAAAACCACCUGUAGUUCGUGGUGCCCGCGCUUGUACAGUUUGUCGUGCUGCAAAGGCAAGCCACACAAUGAAAUGCGUCGGCGCUGAGGAUGGCCAGAAAUCUUGCCAGCGUUGUAAGCGUGCGAAUGCAGAAUGCGUGUUCGAGAAACAUCGUCGAGGUCGAAAGCCUGGUUCAAAGUUGUCCGAGGCUUCCAAGGUCCUUCGUCGGCUUGAGAAGGGCCUUCACUCAGCAAAGCUGAAAUCUCCGUCAGCAGACUCUGCAUUGGCAUCUCCCUACCAAUCUUCCGACAUCCGAGUUCCCCCUCCUCAAGAAAUAUCUUACCCAGGCCCCCGAUCUGAACCUAGCUAUGGUCCUCCGAAUACACAUUUUCCCACAAAUGAGCUCCCCCCCCUCACCGUUCCGACAUACCAAAAUGGCGAUGCUUAUGCAUCGUCAAGCAAAGGAUCACGCAGCAUGGACGUGGAUGAUGACGAAGAGGAUCCCGAUCGGAACGAAGAAGAUUUUUUUCCCGCGAAGCUCAUCAGGCGGGAAAAUCGUCGGAAUUCUUUUUUCAGGACGAUCUUGAAUCCAAACCCAGAAGAGGCCCCUGCAGCCGUUCCUGUCACUCCCAAUCGUGGUAGCUCAUUCACCCCUCCCCAAAUACAGCUCGCCCCUUGCCCAGGCGGCCUCAGUGAUCCUAUAACAGCAGGCAUUUUGACUGAGAAGGAUGCAGAAACCUUGUUUGAUUGCAUAUAUCUACGUCUCAAUCCCUUCAUCAAUCUCUUCGACCCCGCCCUGCACACCGUCCCUUAUGUCCGCUCAAAGUGUCCCUUUCUUUUCACAACCCUUCUCAUGGCAGCGUGCAAAUUUUUUAAAGCUGAUAGUUUUAAACCAUGUCAGAAACUUGCCAACGAAUUCGCCGUCGUGCAAGCAUUCGCCUGCCUUACUUACUGGAAAGAUCCUGACGACAAUAGAACUUGGACAUAUAUUGGCUAUGCCUGUCGCAUGGCUGUUGAACUCGGCUUGAAUCGAUAUGUUGCUCACCCCGCUCCCAGUGAAACACAAUUGCAACGCCUUGAGCGUCGUAACCGCGAGCGAACAUAUCUUGUUCUCUUUGUUCACGAUCGAAGUCUGAGCACCCAAACUGGCAGACACUGGAUGCUCCCAGAGGACGAUCUUAUCAAGCAUUCUAAUACCUGGCACAUGGGUAAUGGUGGCAAGAACAUCCGACCUGAGGAUGUUAUCAUUGCUGCCUUUGUUUCCUUACGGCGCAUUGCAGCGGAAACGACUGAUAUCUUUUCUACCUCAAGGAGUGCGGCAUCUGGUGUGAACACUGACAUCAAUUACGAGGUAGUCCUUCGCAACUGCAAUGACAAAUUAAAUCAAUGGGACGAGACCUGGCGGACAGAAAUGGAACGAGCCGGCGGGGAAAGCUUCCACACUUCUUUCCUUGCCCUUUUCCGACUAUAUGUUCGGCUGUUUUUGAAUAGUUUCGGCAUCCACGCAUCCAUUCGCCAAAGUCCCAGUUUGGGGGUUUUAUCGAUCUGUUGUACAAGCGCAUUGGAUUCACUGAAGAUAGUUUCAAACGACUUCGUCAAGCUGAGUAUGCUGCGAUAUGGGCAGGACACAAUCACUGUAAUGACGGCUUAUUCUGCCGUUUUUCUACUGAAGGUACUGUACAAUAUUGAAAGGCGUCAGCAAUCUCGUUCAUUUAUCACGAUGUUCUGCAGCUUCUACGGACUUCAAAUACCUAUUCACAACUGA